AUGGUUUUCUUACGAACACUGUUCUUCGUUUUACUUGCAACAUUUGGUCACUCCCUUCCAAGGCGCCACCACCACCAUCUUUCUCAUUCUUUAACUACAGAUAAAGCUGCUCUUCUGGAAUUCAAAAAAACAAUCAUAUCAGACCCGCAUUCCUCACUUGCUAACUGGGCUGAAGCUGCUCAUGUCUGCAACUUCACAGGUGUUGAAUGUGACAAAUUCCAUCACCGUGUUAUACGACUAAUCCUUAAAGAUACUGAUUUAGUGGGGCUGCUUUCACCCGUCCUUUCCAAUCUCACUGGACUGCACCACCUUGAGAUUGUUCACAAUCACUUGUAUGGCAUUAUUCCACCUGAAUUUUCAUACCUCAGACGGCUUCACCGUAUCAUUCUCGAUGGGAACAAUUUGCAUGGCUCAAUACCGGAGUCCUUUUCUCACCUUUCCAAGCUUAUCCUUCUACUUAUCAAGGAAAAUAAUAUAACAGGAUCACUUCCUUCAUCUAUCUUUUCCAAUUGCACUCUACUAGAGGUUGUGGACUUUUCCACCAACUUCCUAACUGGUCAAAUCCCAGAAGAGAUUGGAAACUGCCCAGGCCUGUGGAGUCUCAAUUUAUACAAUAAUCAAUUUACCGGACAGCUUCCUUUCUCUUUGACUAACAUAUCCCUUAUAAAUUUAGACAUCGAGUACAAUUAUCUAUAUGGUGAAUUGCCUACAAAGUUUGUAAGCAGCUGGCCCAAUCUCCUUUACCUUCAUUUAUCAUACAAUCAUUUGGUAAGUCAUGAUAACAACACCAAUCUUGAUCCAUUUUUCACUGCUCUUAGAAACAACAGUGCUCUCGAGGAGCUUGAAUUGGCAGGCAUGGGCCUUGGGGGAAGGUUCUCCAAUACUGUCGCCAGUCAACUAGGCUCCAGUCUAAGAACUCUACUCCUGCAGGAAAACCAAAUUUUUGGAUCAAUUCCUCACAGCAUAGCAAAUCUUUCAAGGCUUUCGAUCCUGAAUUUAACAUCCAAUCUUCUAAAUGGAACUAUUUCCUCUGAGACCUGCAGAUUACCAAACUUGGAACAACUUCUCUUAUCAUACAACCUUCUGAAGACUUCAAUUCCGGAAGCAUUUGGCAAGUGUCAACAUCUGGGUCUACUAGAUCUGUCACACAAUGAAUUUUCAGGUAGGAUUCCAGAAAGUUUGGGAAAUUUGGUCCGGCUAAAUUCUUUGUUUCUCAACAAUAACCUUCUCUCAGGAACAAUACCUCCUACAUUGGGACGGUGCACUAAUCUGUACAAGCUAGACUUGUCCUAUAAUAGAUUAACAGGAAGCAUCCCACUUGAACUCUCAGGCUUGCAUGAGCUCAGAAUUUUCAUAAAUGUCUCGCAUAAUCAUCUUGAAGGCCCCCUGCCGAUUGAGCUCAGCAAAUUAGAAAAGGUUCAGGAGAUGGAUCUUUCAUCAAAUCACCUAACUGGAAGUAUCUUCCCUCAGAUAGCAGGAUGCAUUGCUGUCUCUAUGAUAAAUUUUUCAAACAAUUCUCUUCAAGGGGAGCUCCCAGAAUCCUUAGGAGAUCUGAAGAACCUUGAAUCUCUUGAUGUUUCAAGAAAUCAAUUAUCUGGAUUGAUACCAGCAACACUUGGUAAAAUUGACACGCUCACUUUUCUCAAUUUAUCAUUUAACAACCUGGAGGGAAUGGUUCCAUCUGGUGGUAUCUUUAAUUCAAUGUCAUAUUUAUCAUUCUUAGGAAAUCCACAACUUUGUGGGACAAUUACAGGCUUAUCCCCGUGCUCUCAUAAGAGACGAUGGUUUCAAAGACGUUUGUUCUUGAUUAUAUUCAUCUUGGUCAUUUUCACAUCAACAUUCUUGUCAAUAAUUUGCUGUGUAAUUGGAUGCAAGCAUCUUAAAGUAAUCAUUUUGUCUCGGAGGACUGAGGGACCAGCUAGACCCGAGUUGAUAAGUAACUUCCCAAGGAUCACGCAUAAGGAAUUAUCGGAUGCCACUGGAGGAUUUGACAAUCAGAGACUUCUUGGAUCAGGUAGUUACGGACAUGUUUACGGGGGAGUUCUUCCGGACGGGACACCAAUAGCAGUCAAGGUGCUGCAUUUGCAAUCUGGAAAUUCUAGCAAGAGCUUUAAUAGAGAAUGCCAAGUUUUGAAGAGAAUUAGGCACAGGAAUCUGAUAAGAAUUAUCACAGCAUGUAGCCUACCUGGUUUUAAGGCUCUUGUUCUACCUUAUAUGGCCAAUGGGAGCUUGGAGAGCCGCCUCUAUCCUUCUUCUGGAUCAUCAGACUUGAGUAUAAUCCUGAGGGUGAAUAUUUGCAGUGAUAUAGCUGAAGGGAUGGCCUAUUUGCAUCAUCAUUCUCCAGUUAGAGUCAUACACUGUGAUCUAAAACCAAGCAAUGUUCUUCUCAAUGAUGACAUGACAGCUCUAGUUUCUGAUUUUGGGAUUGCAAGGUUAAUCAUGAGUGUCGGAGGAGGAAAUGGUGGGGCUACUGACCACAUGGGGCACUCUACUGCAAAUUUGUUAUGUGGAUCCAUUGGAUACAUUGCACCAGAUGACAUGUUUGUUGGCGGGUUAAGUCUGCACAAAUGGGUAAAAAGUCACUAUCAUGGAAGGGCAGAAAAAGUUGUAGACCCUGCUUUGGUAACAGCUUCAAGAGAUCAAUCCCAAGAGGUUCAGAAGAUGUGGGAAAUUGCUAUUGGGGAGUUAAUUGAGUUGGGGAUCCUUUGCACACAGGAGUCGCCUUCAACAAGACCUACCAUGCUUGAUGCAGCAGAUGACUUAGAUCGUCUCAAGAGAUACCUUAAUGGGGACACAAGUGGAACUUUUGCCUCCUCUCUUGGAAUUUCAUCUUCUACAAUAGGUGGUGAUUAA